AUGAACGACCAUAGGACGUACCGCAACGCAGGGACUGAAGGCAGGUACAAUGGGAACCGUAUUUACUUUCUUGCCACGAAGGAGCCUCUGGUGAAGUCUUACCCGCCAAAUAAGGUGGACGGCCGGCUGUUGCGUGAAUGGGAAAUGCCUGGAUUUGUUGCCAGUAGGAGUUUCCUGCAACCCUACAGCGCUAUUAUGACCGUCUACAGGGGGAGAGUGCUCGGCCAUUCUCUUGACAGCGGCACUCUCACCGGUGUGGCCGCAGGGUUUUUCUCAACAUCUGCAACGGAGAAAAGCCGAGAAUGGGUUGCCUUUUUGGAACAUGGUGUGCAGAUUGACCAGCCGCUGUUGUGUCGUAUACGUCAGCGUAUUCUUCGGCAUUCGUUUGGCUUGCGCCGCUGUUGCGUCUUUUACGGAAAUUUGCACAGCACGUCGCCUUCGCUCAAUAAUACCAUGGGCCGUCGACUAAUGUAUGAGUAA